CUUUUUAGCGACUGUCACCGAGACGCACAACGAGAUUUGAGUUUCCAACUGCGCUUUAAAUCAUCUGCACUAUCCACACGUGAGGGAUACGAGGAAGAUUUCACUGAUAUCAAGAAGGAUUUUGACCAGAGGUACACAGAAAUGACCGAGGAGCGCGACAAGUCUAUGGCGGACGCACCGUGUAGUCCUACAGGAACCUCCAGUUCGGCGUCUCUGGACGAGUCGGAUUCGGAUGCGCCCUCGUCACCGGCCGGAUCGGACAGCCAAGGAUUGCUCCACUCGUCUAGCAAAAAAAAUGAUGAAGAUGAAGAUGACAGGUUCCCGGCAUGUAUCCGUGACGCCGUUUCUCAGGUGCUCAAAGGGUACGACUGGUCACUGGUGCCGAUGCCCGCACGAGCCAACGGUACACUCAAGAGCAAGCCGCACGUGAAGAGGCCCAUGAACGCGUUUAUGGUGUGGGCGCAGGCGGCACGCAGAAAACUGGCUGAUCAGUACCCUCACCUUCAUAACGCAGAACUCAGCAAAACCCUGGGCAAACUCUGGCGCUUGUUGUCAGAGAAUGAAAAGCGUCCAUUUGUAGAGGAGGCCGAGAGACUGAGGGUACAGCACAAGAAGGAUCACCCUGACUAUAAGUACCAGCCGAGGCGUAGGAAGAGUGUGAAACCAGGACAAAGUGACUCUGACUCUGGGGCUGAGCUAAGCCAUCACAUGUACAAAGCGGAGCCAGGCAUGGGUGGCCUAGCAGGAUUAAUGGAUCAUCAUCACACGGACCAUCCAGGUCAGCCCCAUGGACCACCAACACCACCUACAACCCCUAAAACUGACCUUCACCAUGGUCAUGGAGGAAAACAAGACAUGAAGAAUGAAGGCCGGCGUCACCUGGAAACUGGUCGUCAGAACAUUGACUUCAGCAAUGUAGACAUUUCCGAGCUCAGUACAGACGUCAUGAGCAACAUAGAGGCCUUUGAUGUGCGUGAGUUCGAUCAGUAUCUUCCUGUCAACGGGCACACUGUAGCCUCUUCCAUGGUUUCUGAACCCAACCCUGGUAUUUACGCUGUUUCGUACAGCCAUUCUGGGUCCAGUGGGACUGCUUGGAGCCGCAAAGCAGCCCUUUCUUCCUCUUCCACCUCAGCCUCUUCCUCUGGAUCCAGUGACAUGGGUCAGCACAGACCACACAUCAAAACAGAGCAGAUGAGCCCAAAUCACUACAGUGAGCCCUCUCACAGCUCACCCUCUCACUCUGACUAUGUCUCCUAUGGUGCUCAGAGUUGCACUACAUCAACUGCUUCUUUCCCAAGCUCACCAUGCGACUAUACAGACCUGCAAAACCCUGGCUACUACAGCCCAUAUUCCAGCUACGCCUCCAGCCUUUACCAGUACCCCUACUUCCACUCAUCAAGGAGGCCCUAUGGAGGCACCAUACUGAAUAGCUUGUCUAUUCCACCUUCUCACAGCCCUAAUGCAAACUGGGAGCAGCCGAUUUAUACUACUCUAUCAAGGCCUUGAUAAGGUAGUGUAACAAUGUUUGUACUGUGGAAGGAAUAGCAGUAGCCAAGACAAGAAGGGGUAUAUUUGCUUAUCCAAGGAAAGAAGAAGAAAAAGUGCCUGCUGAAUUUGCCCACCCCCAAAUAAACUUUUAAACAUGGACGGUGCAUAGCCUGGUAGCACUUGUACAGCAAGCAGAAAUCCUCUGUGAGGACCACCUGUCACUGUUUCUCUCCAUUCCCAACAUAUAGGCCUACUCUUGGAAUUGUAUUUUUUUAAUGACUGAGUAUAUGCCACUGAUUUGUGUAGGAGAGAAGCACAUAAGUAUGCCAAAUCUGUUUAAGAAGCAGAUGGAGAAAACAGAUACACACAUGCACUGGGACCAAUUAUUUUAAAAAUAUACUCAACCACAAAGAGUCAACUAUAAAAUUUCUCUUAGUCACCGAUUCCUUAAAUGUAAUAAAAAUAUUUUCCCUUUUUUGGUUGGAGAAAUUCAUUAUCUAUUUAUGUUAAUUGUUCUCUCAUUCUUUGUGUUUAAUUUGUAUAUUUGUAUAAAUUCUUUUUUGGUAUUGUGAAAAAUAUUUGUCAAGGGGAUGAAAAUAUAAGAUUUUGUGCUAUUAUACAAUCAUUUGUAUUAUUGUAGCUUGUAGCAUUCCUGGAAAGAAAUGAAACACACACACACACACACACACACACACACACACACACACACACACACACACACACACACACA